AAAAGGCCACUGAAGUCCCAGAGCAAAAGCCAGAUCCCUGAAGUCCUGCUCUGUCGGCUGCUGCCGUUCUCAGGACCCCCACCAUGAGGGCCCUUCUCCUGCUCUCCAUGUCUGCUCUGCUCUGCUGGGUCUCAGCUGAUAUUCGAUGUCACUCCUGCUACAAGCUCCCAGUGCUGGGUUGUGUGGACCGGAAGUCCUGCCGCCUGGAACCAGGACAUCAAUGCCUGACAACCCACGCAUACAUUGGGAAGAUGUGGGUUUUCUCCCGACUCGACUGUGGCACACCAGGAGAGCCCUGUAAGCCGGGGGUCAACCAAACCAACCAGAAGGGGGGCCUGACCUAUAACACCACCUGCUGCAGCCAGGACAACUGCAAUAGCCCAGCCCCUCGGCCCACGCCGGCCCUGACCCUUGUCUUCCUCACCUCCUUGGCUGGCCUUGGCCUCUGGCUAUUGCACUGAGACUGGCUCCAUGGCUGCCCCUCUUUCCAUCUGCCUUCGCCUGAGCCUCUCUUCUUGUGUCUCCAUACCCCCUGCUUCCCUUUGCUCAGAAAAGCAUCUCUCCAGAUGCUUCACAUUGCUUUAACUAGAUAGCGGUUUCUCCAUCCAUCUUUCCACUCACGCCCUCCACUCUGCUUUCCCAGAGAGACCCUUCCCAUUUCCCUCGACACCACUCCAGAUCCUCCAUUGCUUCCAGGGAGAGCUCCCCACUUUGCUUCCUGCGCUUUCCUAUGCCCUGUGUGAAGAGCAAUUGGAAUCUGGGCCUGAAAUGGAGUUCUGUCCUGUCCCCAAUGAAGGCUGCCAGGAAGCACCCAAUAACCUCACUGACACUUCAAAUCCUGGCUCCCAUACAUACCUCAUCCCCAUGCCCACCCCUUUCCAUUCCGAGUAAUAAAUGUGUAGAGCCGA